UGGGGGGAGCGGGGCAGCGCCGGGAUUGCCGCAGCCUCUUUUGGGGGGCACCCCCUCUCCUUCGGCCGUCCCCCCGACUUGCCCCCCUCUCCCCCCGGGCUCCACCGCAGAUGCGGUUCCCCGCCAGCCCCAGGGGCCUCCUGAGCUGUUUGGUGACUCUCCACCUCCUCCGGCUAGGAUCAGAUGGCUUCACAGUAGAAGGACCAGGAUACCCUCUCCGUGCCCCCGUGGGGCAGGACAUCGUGCUGCCGUGUUACUUGCCCACACAAGCGGACGCUCGGUCCUUUGAGAUCCAGUGGACCCGGCACCAUUUCUCCGAAAUAGUGCACCACUACCGCAACGGCGAGGACCAGUAUGGGAAGCAGCAACAGGGAUAUGCUGGGAGGACAGAGCUGAUCAAGGACGGUCUCUCCACUGGGAAGCUGGACUUGCGAAUCCGUGGGGUGAGACCCUCUGACGAUGGCCAGUACGCCUGCACCGUGCGAGACGCUGCCUCUUACGGAGAAGCCACCGUGGAGCUGGAGGUGGCAGCCACGGGCUCUGUCCCUCAGCUCUCUCUGGAGGCUUACGGGGACGGAGGCGUCCGCGUGCUGUGCCGCUCGGCCGGCUGGUACCCGCAACCGCAGGUGCUGUGGCAAGAUCCCAGCGGGCAGCAUCUGCCCUCGGUCGCCCAGAGACGUUCCCCCGAUGAGCGGGGCCUGUUUGGCAUCGAAGACGUCACCGUCGUGACCGGGAACGGAGCCAGGACCUUCUCCUGCGUGGUCAGGAACAGCCGCCUCAACCAGGAGCGGGAGUCGUCCCUGCACAUCUCGGCUCCCUUCUUCCACAAUGCCCAUCCCUGGAUGGUGGCUCUGGGUGUGCUCCUCGUGCUCCUGGUCGCGUUCACGGGCCUCAGCGCGUACCUGUGGAGAAGGAAAGUGGUGCAGUCCAGAGAGCUGGAAGAACAAGAUGAAGAACUGGAACAACGAGAUGAAGAACUGGAACAACGAGACGCAGCACUGGCCUGGAGAAAGUUCCUGCUUCCUGAAAAUCCAGAUGUGGUCACCCUGGAUCCAGACACGGCUCAUUCCCAACUGGUCCUGUCGCCGGAUCGGAGUACCGUGAGAUUGGGAAUUAGACGGCAAGACCUCCCCGACAUCCCGGAGAGAUUUAGCAACUGGUGCUGCGUGCUUGGCCAGGAGGGGUUCCGGGACGGGAGGCACUGCUGGGAGGUGGAGGUGGUGGGGAAGGUGGGGGGUGACGCACGGUGGGGUGUGGGGGUGGCCAAGGAAUCCGUGGAGAAGAAGGUGCAAGGGAAACUGAAACCUGAAGAUGGGAUCUGGGCAGUGUGGCACAAGAAAAAACUCGAGUCUGUCACCAAUCCUCGCAAGGUCCUGUCCAUGUCCCCGCUGCCCAGGAGGAUCUGGGUCUGUCUGGACUGCACCCAGGGGCUGGUGACUUUCAUCAACGCCAGGAACGGGGCCGAGCUCUUCACUUUCCUACCAGCCUCCUUCGAUGGGGAGCGCCUCCGCCCCUGGUUUUGGCUGGAGACCGAGAACACCAAGCUGUCCCUCAAGGGCAGCUCCCCCCAGCCCGUCUGACCCCCCCCUCCCAGCCCCCCAGGAGAUCCUGCCCUUCUCCAGACGCUGCCCGCUCUCCUCUCCUCCGUCCCGCGGGAGCAGAUGCCCCUCUCUGCCCUAAGCAAGAUUCAUAAAGAUUUGAUUUAUGAUUACUGUCAGUGUUUUUUGCAAUAAUGAUAGGCAUUGCUGUAGGGAAAUGUAUGAUCUCUUUUAUUGUUUCCUCUCUUUCCCUGUCUGUUCAAGCUCUCCUGAUUGCCACCCACGACGACGACUACCCCGACGUUCCUCCGAAUGUUUGAGUCACGGGGUGGUGGAUUGAGCUGAAUAAUUUCAUGCCUCAAACAUUCGUCGACACCGAAAGCCUCAAGGUCAAGUUGUGGCCUUUGCGGUCAGUCAAAGGGAUGAACUAUCUGCCCAGGGAACUGCGGAGAACAUCGAAGAGCGCACAGCUCCCUUCCCAAAUUCCCUAACAAACCCUGAAAGGCGGAGACGUAGAUUGAGUAAAACCACAUGUUCAGGUUAAGGCCUACAUUUUAAUUUACAACUAUACCCUCGAAGAAGGGCUAAAAGAUUGAUAAGAGAUAAACACCCGGCCCCAGAUGGAGCCAAAGGCUGGGCAGUUGCCAAAGAAGACCCACCUCUCUUGGUCUGGUGUGCAAAUCAGCAGAUAAGAUGAGCUUAAAAGGUGACAGAAAACUUUGCUCCGUGUGCCCCUACCAUCCAAGAUGACCGGAGCUGAGACAACGCUGGAACUUGGAGGGGUGGUCCGGAUCCUUUGACUAUUUCUCUCCUCUGCUUUCCUUUUCUUUUCUUUCCUUUCCUUUCCUUUUCUUUCUUGAUAGAUUUAUCAAAAGGAGACCCCGUCGCUUACUCUCCUUUUCCAAGCUGAAGUUGUUUGUACCGCAAGUAAAAUAUUAUAACCAGU